UUCAAAAGACCACCACACUGCCAACUCGUGCGAUUUUUGUGUGUCCUUUUAAUCCUGCCGAACAAAACGCCGCUGCAACAAAAUGAUGGCUUCACUGCAGAAAAUGCUCACGUUCCGUGCUCCGAUCGCCACCUGCGUCCGCUCCAUCAGUACCGGCGGAGCGCGAUACGAGAUCUUCAAAGUGCAGACACCACAGGAGUUUGACGAGAAAGUUCGCAACAGCAAGGAGCCCGUGAUCGUGGACUUCUUCGCUACCUGGUGCGCCCCUUGCCGGAUGCUUACGCCCAGAAUAGAGACCGUGAUCGGCGAAACGGCGGGGAAGGUGAAGCUGGCCAAGGUUGACAUUGACGAGCAUACCGAUCUGGCGCUGGACUACGAGGUCGCUUCCGUUCCCGUGCUGCUGGCGAUACGCGAUGGGCAGGUGGAACAGCGGCUGGUCGGAUUACAGGACACGGACAAGCUGAGGACGUGGGUCCAAAAUGUGCUGGAUAAAAAGAAAUGAACCCACAAUCCGGUACGGAUUCGGCGUUCAGCGUUGUAGCAGAGCUUCUCUCCCAGUAAAUUUCAUCGUCCAUCAGAUGGAUUUCGCAACCGGCGAAGUGUCCCCGAAGAAGAAGGCCGCUGGGUCUUUCUUCGCCAAAGUGUGUUAGUGAAAAAUUCCAUGCAAUGGAAUAAAACGUAACUGUUUCGUAAUGCAA